UGAAUGUUCUGUAUUUUAGCCCCUGCGGAAUCAAAUUUAUAAUCAGUUUUGUUCUAAUAAAUGUUAAGAUAUUUUGUCUCGUUUUUGAAUGACAUUUAAUAUCUGUUUGAAAAUAAAUCAGCAGUUGUUGCAUUUUGAAGUUUGACAUAAACUGCAACUGUCUUUGGAUAUAUGCAUGUACAGAAACUACAAAAAUCAGGUAGAAAUGGCAGCACAGAAGGUAAUGUCAGCAGAGAAGCUAAAGUUGAUCAUAUUCCUUGGUUCUACACGAGAGGGUAGACUUGGAGAGAGAGUUGGGAAAUUUGUAAGAAAUACUCUUAGUAAAACGGAAAAGUACGAGAUUAAAGUAUUUGACCCAGCGGAGAUGAAUCUGGAUUUGCUGAAAAAGCCUCUCCAUUUCUAUAAAGACAAAUCAACAGCCCCAAAGACAUUGUUAGAAGCUAAUGAAGAUAUAAAGAAUGCAGAUGCCUUUUUAUUAGUGUCUUGUGAAUACAACCACUGCAUACCACCAGCAUUGGCCAACCUGUUGGAUCAUUUUCCUGGCAGCAGUUUCUCUUGGCGGCCGAGCGGCAUUAUCACAUAUUCACCGGGAAUAUAUGGUGGUAUGCGUGCCGCGAUGCAGCUGAGGGCUAUGACGGGCGAACUUGGAUGUAUCAGUGUAUCAAACAUAUUUGGCAUACCAAAAGUACAUGAAGCCAUUGAUGAAGACGGAACGCCAAAAGAUAACCAUAUGAUAUCUGGUCUGAACAAACUCAUGACACAGUUAGAUUGGACAGCAACAGCGUUUAAGAACAUGAGGCAUGACAAUGGAAUACCAUCUUAAAUACAGUAAAAACAUAUCAUAGAAAAAUAGAGUACAAAUUUAUAUCAUAGACAACUAGGCAACAUGGUGCCUAUUGUUGUAUUUGAUGUUAUAUACAUGAUUUGUAGACCCUGUGCAAAGCUCCUUUUCUAACAAUCCCUUCUCAAAUUAUUAAGAAACUUUCUGUCAAUAGUGUAGUCCAGGUGCUUGUGUAGGUAUAUGUAAAAAAUUCUUUAUUUCUGUUUGAGGUGUCAAAUUUCAGAACAUCUCAAUCUUCACAUAGUUAAAUAGUUAAGAUGUACAUAUUCAAAAUGUACUUGUAAAAUCUAAAACUAAAGCUGUAAACAUGUAUAUUUACAUGAAGCAAACUUUUACGAAAUUAAAUAGAAACAUUUCCAGCAGUUUUCAUCUGGCUGGGGUGUUGUGUAGGAAGUCAUACACAUUUUUCUUCAAAUCUUGGCCUCUCCAUUUUGUUUUUACAUAAUUCUUUUUUUAGCUUCAGAGUCUGUGAUGUGGCUGACCUUGUGCAAGUAAAAUGUUACAAGUGUAAAAACCUGAAAUCUUUAAUUUUAAUUUUAUUGUUUGUUACUGCAUUUUGUUACCUGAGCACAAAUCUAUUUUAAUUAUAUGAAUAAGUUUAACAGAAGAAAUGCAUAAUAAAAAAUGACUGUGAGGGUGUAUUAAUGAGAAUGCAUUUCAUUUUGUCGUUAUAGGUCACACACCAUUUUGAUAAAUUCAAAAGUUGUAAAAAUUCUGAACAAGCUAGUAUUUCUGAGUUGAUAAAAUUUUACAAGGAUUUUUUUUAUUAUGCAACAACCUGAAGAACAAAAACAUAUAUUUUGUUAAAUUAUGGAAUAACACAGAAAAGACAAAUUGUUUUAUAUGCAAUAUGACAAAAAGGACAAAAGUUUAUUAAUGUGUGAAAGAACAAAAAAAGAACAAAAACAUUAAAAAGAAAGAAUCUCACUACAUUUACUGUACUGAUACUAUUAGGUUAUUUAACAUUGUUCUGUACAGUACGGAGAUAUAUUUGGACGAGUACCCAGCUGAGAAAACCAUACUGGACAAGCCGCUAGGCGAGUCCAGUAUGGUUUUCCCAGCUGGGUAUGAGUCCAAAUAUAUCUCGUAUUGUACAGUACAAUGUUAAAUAACCUUUUUAUUCUAUAUCUAUUUUAUUUUAGUUUAAAUUAAAAAUGAUUCACUGAAUAUUGUAUUUCUGCCUUUUCUGUAUUUUCCCAGCUUGGUAUGAGUGCAAAUAUAUAUUACAUAGACGCAUAAGCAGACUCUGUACAUAGAGCGCCUACUUCACCCGAUUUACAUUCGAAACAUUUUCACGCGUUUCGGGCUUUAUCGUAUGUUUAACAUGGGACUGUGAACCUUCUUAGUACGGAAAGAAUACAGGGUUUUUUUACGCAUGUGCGUCCAAUACGGUAUUAUAUUGUACGGUCACAUGUUGCAAAUAAACGUUCACGAUUGGAUAAAUAAAAUAGAUAUAGAAUAAAUGUACUUAUAUACAUAAAUAGAUCUGAUUUUAAAUAUAUUGUAAUACAAAAUUAAUAUAUAGUCUUACAAUAAUACUAAAUGGCAUAUCAGAUAGGCAUGUUAAAUUGUUUGUUUUGUAAGCUCAUUUAUAGUUGGCACUGUAAACCCUUUAUUGGUAACUCCUCCACAAGACUCUUUAGUAGUUUUAUUGUGAGGAUAGAGCAAAAUAUGCAAGAUGCUCAGAUUUUAGAAGCUGCCCUGGUUAUUUUACAAGCCAGAUUUGUAUUUCCCAUACAUACAUACAUAUAUACUCUUAUACUAAUGUUAGUAAUUCUAGUUGUAGGAGCGGCUGCUUGAACUCAUUACCCCUGGUUUUGUAGUCAGAUGGUGCACAGGACCACAGUGUCCACUCUGGCAUAUUAAAGUGGGAAGUCAGGGUUUAUAUAUAUAUAUAUGUAUAUAUAUUUUUUUAUUGAAUUUUCUGUGUUUUGAUAUGGCAUAGUAUCACACUAAAAACCUGAAUUACUUGCAGUUGAAGUUAAUGUCACAAUAGAAUUUUGUGCAACACAUUCAUAAAAAAAAACAUUAUGAGCCGUUAUCUAUCCAUACUAUUUUUUUCCUUCUUUGGUAUGUUAUAUACCAUAUAUUUUCGCUUAUAAGACGCAUUAUUAGGAGUCAUAUUUCCAGUUCAAAGAAUGGGGAGCAUCUUAUAAACAUGCACUACAAGAAAAUUGAAAGAAAAAGAUACCCCAGACUGCAUGUCUGAUGUCGGGAUGCGUCUUAUAAGUGAGUGUGUCUAAUAAGCGAAAUUAUACGUUAGUAUUUAUGCAAGGAAUAUGCUACCUCUUUAUUGGUCCAGUACAUGUAUCACACCUGUAAUACUGUAUUGUAUUUACAUAUUUAAAGCUUAGUUUAUUAUAUAUUUAGAUUAUACAUGUAUUUUUAAAAUAAUUUAGGUAUUUCACAUAACUUUAUUUAAAAAUCAAACAAUUUUUACCUAGAUGCAAAAUUUAUAAUAAAUCUAUGAUCUGUUUA